AGACAAACCAGCAGGAAGGAGAUAAAGAAGCUGCAGCCAGAGUCAGCGUCUCCGCUCCGACCCGACUGCAGGUUGGCCGUCACUCGGCUCUGAAUCCUCCAGAACUUCACAAACGUCUGAACUUCACUUCCCCGUCAGGCUCAGCGCUCCAACAUGGCCGCUGCCGAGGUGACGUACUCUGAUGUGAAGUUCCCGAAAUCCAAGGCCAAAGCUGAUAAUCGUUUCUCAGCUGAAGUCACUUACUCUGAAGUCAGAUGCCUGAGAAAACUCACAGAAGACUCUCAACCAUUUGAUUCAAGUGAAAUGAGGGAAACUGAGCCCAGACGUGGGAUAAGAGCCGGACUCACCGCAGAGCGCGCGGCUCUGCUGGUUCUCAGCGUUCUGCUGGUGGCGGCCGUCAUCGCUCUCUCCGUCACGCAAAGCUAUUAUAGUGAGCUUCAAACCUGGAAAGCUUCUACACCAUCAUGUCCAACAUGUCCAACAUGUCCUUCUGCUCCAUCAUGUCCUCCAACUCCUGAAGAACAAUAUCUGACAUGCCUGAAGUGUGAAGCAGAAUGGGAGAAACAUGGAGGAAACUGUUAUUAUUUUAACACCAUGAGAUUCUCCUGGAAUGAGAGCCAAGAUUUCUGCAUGGAUCUGGGAUCAGACCUGGUGAAGAUCGACAGCAGAGAGGAGCAGAUGUUCCUGGUAGAAAGACUGAGAGACUUGAUGGAGGACAAACAGGACAGGUUCUGGAUCGGACUGACGGACUCAGAGGAAGAAGGAAAAUGGCUCUGGAUGGACGGAUCUCCUCUGGAUAAAAGUUUGAGUUUCUGGAAUGAAACCCAACCUAACAACAGGGGUCAUGGAAAGGUUGCUGAAGCUGAUUGUGUCAGGAUGGGAAAGAGAGGAAGAUCUGAUGAUCUGAAGUCCUGGUUUGAUUCAUCCUGUAAUCAUCCUCAGAAAAGUGUCUGUGAGAAACCAGCUGGAUAGAGAUCAUGUGUUUGUCUGAAGUUUAAGAUCAAGAAGCUGCAGAGAUGAAGGUUUUAUGAAGAUAUUGUCACAUUUAACAUUUAUUCUUUAGCAUAUUAACAUAAUCUUUAAACUUUCCAUCAAAAUCAUUUUAGCUUGAUUUGGUAUUACUGGCUGCAUAAACUGUUGGCUCGACUGACCAACAGGAAACAGGAAGUUUGUUUCCAGGUUGUGCAUCAGAUAAAUAUGCUCCUUCCUCCACUUCCUGUUUAUAAGUUAAGACUUUAAAAGUCAACAUGUUUGUUGUUUAAAACUGUUUGUUUUUCAAGAACAACAAAAAGCUUUGAGGUUGAAAACGAUGUGUUUUCAUAGCGACGCCAUCUUCCCGUUUUAUUCUUCACGUUGUUAAAUUAUUUAUAAUCUCAGGCUGAGGUCGUUUUUAAAUCACCAGUUUCUGUUUCUAAAUGCUUUUUGGACGUUUAGCAUGAAUUUGGAAGAUUUCUGGUUUAUUGAUUUGUCUUUUUGAUCUCUGGAAAUAGUUUUAGGUGAUUAUUAGAUCUAAAUGUAUGAAUGUUGAAUCUGAGAUGAAAUAACCUGCAAAUAAAAAGAUUGACAUCGA